AUGAAGGCGGCGGCCUCGACCUACGACUACAUCGUUGUGGGCGGCGGCCCUGCCGGCAUCAUCACGGCCGAGCGUCUUUCCGAGGCCAACAAGGAGGUUCUCCUCCUGGAGCGAGGAUCCGGCCCGACCGUUGCCACGGGGUCAAACCACACCCUCACCUGGGACGACUCCCUAACCCCGAUCGACGUUCCCGGCUUGUCCUCCGCCGUUAGCGGACUUGACCUCUGGAACGAGUACAUCUGCGACGAUACACCUGGAUACUCGGCCUGUGUUCUGGGGGGAGGUGUUACGGUUAACUACAUGGUCUUCGUUCACCCUGCCGCGCACGACUUCAACGACAAGUGGCCCCGUGGCUGGAAGUGGAACGAUAUUGCUCCUGCGGCCAAGAGAUUGUACAAGCGCAACCCGGGAUCUACUCUUCCCUCUGAGAACGGCAAACGCUACGACCAGGGUCUCUACUCGACUCUUUCUGGCUUCUUCAGCAAGCUCGGCUGGAAGUCGGUUGAUAUGAUCAAGCAGCCCAACGAAAAGCACAGGGUUUAUAGCUAUCCCUCGUGGAACAUCAAGGACGCGGAGCGUGCAGGCCCCGUGCGAACCUACCUGCCUCUGGCUCAAAAGCGCGACAACUUCAGUCUGCGUCUCAAGACAAAGGUUAUCCGUCUUGUCCGAUCUGGCUCCAAGGUAACUGGCGUCGAGGUUGAAAACUCCGCCGGCGUUCGAGAGAUUAUUAAGCUUGCUAAGAAUGGACGCGUCGUUCUCUCUGCCGGCGCGCUGUCGACUCCUCGCGUCCUCUUCAAUUCUGGUAUCGGCCCCAAGGCCCAAAUUCAGACAGCUAAGAAGACCGGAGUUACCCUCCCUCCUAAGAAGGACUGGAUUGAGCUCCCUGUUGGCAAGAACCUCAAGGAUCAUCCCAUCUUUUCCAUUAUCGUCAACACUGGCGAGACCUGGGGCCCUCUUGAUACAGCCAGCGUUCUCAACGGUUCCGAUACCUCUAACAUUAACCUGUACGAGAAGAAGGACUCUGGCGUGCUCACCCAGGGCAGACACCGCAUGAUUUUCUUCUCGUCCAACGUUGGAAGCGACGGUAUUACCCGCUACUACCAAGGCUCUUGCGCCGCCUCCGGCAAGGGCGUCGUUACCAUUACGCAGUACAUGACCCACGGUCUCACGUCUACCGGUGUUUUGGGUCUUUCCGACGACGGUAGUACUGUUAUGGAGCAGUCGCCAUAUCUUCAAACUGAUGGUGAUGUUGAGGCUGCGACGUCAUUCAUUCAGGGAAUGGUCGAUGACAUUACGGAUCCCUCAACUGGCUUCAAGCUUCAGACCUACACAAACACCUCGGCUAUUCUUGGUUCUCUCACCAGCGGUAUUCACUAUACUGGUACUGCUAAGAUGGGCACCGAUGACGGCCGCAAGGGCGGCUCCUCCGUCGUUGAUACCAACACCAAAGUCUACGGAAUGGAUAACCUGUUCAUUUCCGAUGCUAGCAUUCACCCUGACCUCCCUACUGGCAACAGCCAGGCGAUCAUCAUGGUUGUUGCGGAGAUGGCAGCUGCUAAGAUCUUUGCUUACAAUUAGAUAUGUCCAGGGCGGACUCGAGGCUUUGCAAUUUGUAAAUACUUUAAGAUAGACU